UUAGUCGCCUCGUUCGUCUAUCUCCACCUUCUGCAGAGAAAAAGAAACCCCAAAAUCCCAUCAUCGACUGAUUGACUUCAUCGGAAUCACAACUCCGACGCCCUAAUCGGAUCCUCCACGCGAUCUCCCAGAUUAAAUCUGAAAGGAUGGGAGAAGAGAAGACCGGGAUCGCAAAGGAUGUUACCGAAUUGAUUGGUAAAACUCCAUUGGUUUACCUGAACAAAGUUGUUGAUGGGUGCGUUGCUCGUGUUGCUGCCAAGCUGGAAAUGAUGGAGCCAUGUUCUAGUGUUAAGGACAGGAUUGGCUAUAGUAUGAUUACUGAUGCUGAGGAGAAAGGCCUCAUUAAACCAGGGGAGAGUACCUUAAUUGAACCUACAAGUGGAAACACUGGCAUUGGCUUGGCAUUCAUGGCUGCAGCGAAGGGCUACAAACUUAUCAUUACCAUGCCGGCUUCCAUGAGCCUGGAAAGAAGAAUUCUUCUCCGUGGUUUUGGGGCUGAGCUGGUUCUCACUGACCCUGUUAAGGGAAUGAAAGGUUCCAUUCAAAAGGCUGAAGAGAUUCAUGCCAAAACACCCAAUUCCUACAUUCUUCAACAAUUUGAAAACCCUGCCAACCCAAAGAUACAUUAUGAAACAACUGGGCCUGAAAUCUGGAAAGGGUCAAAUGGUAAAGUUGAUGCUUUCGUCUCUGGAAUUGGUACUGGAGGCACUAUUACUGGAGUUGGGAAGUUCCUUAGGGAGCAAAAUGCUAAUAUAAAGGUGUAUGGAGUUGAACCUGUUGAGAGUCCUGUUCUCAGUGGAGGAAAGCCUGGUCCUCACAAGAUCCAGGGGAUUGGUGCUGGUUUUGUCCCGGGGGUCCUAGAAGCCGAUCUUCUCGAUGAAGUUAUUCAAAUUUCGAGUGAUGAGGCCAUUCAAACUGCAAAGCAGCUAGCUGUGAAAGAGGGAUUGCUGGUGGGAAUAUCAUCAGGUGCUGCUGCAGCAGCUGCAAUUAAAGUUGCAAAGAGGCCAGAGAAUGCCGGGAAACUCAUUGUUGUUGUUUUCCCAAGCUUUGGAGAGCGUUACCUUUCGUCCGUUCUCUUUGAAUCCGUUCGGCAUGAGGCAGAGAACAUGACCUUUGAGACCUGAGUCUCUUUUCUGAGUUUUAUUUCAACAAUAGUAAUGCUAGAGAAGCACGCACCAUCGGGUACUACUAGAGAGUAUGUAAGUAUCAUUACCCUCCUUGCUUAAUAAAGUGGCAAUUCCAAUGGUACCAUUGGAUAACCUUGUGUAUUUUUUUUGUUCUUUUUUUUACUAUGGGUCCAAUUUGAGCUGAACUUUGGAUGCUUUGACGUUGUUUGGUUGUUUGCUAUUCAUAGGAUCAAACUUUAGUCACUUUCUUUCUCUUUUUUGGUAGUUAUUUAAUAAAAUAAAAUUGUCAUG